AUGGGUGUAUUUCCUACGCAUCUCGCAAAUCUGGAGGCGCCCCGCAGCUUUAGGCCAGGUAAAUCUGGCUCUCGCGUCCAAAGCAAGAGUGUUGUUGAUAUUUUCACAAUCUUAGUGAUCCAAUUACAGCUUUCCGAUAAGGCGCCAAAGCAAAAGUACAACAUAUUUGCUAAGCAGCAUUAUCCUUUUUCCUUUGACGUUAGCAAGGCGAUUGAGGAAAUGAGCCAACUCAAACUCAAUAUCGUUCAAGAAACAGUCACAACGACAAUCUCGUACACUAUAAAGCCUGAGUUGGCGUUCAAUUUGAUCAAAAAGUUCUUCUCUGCAAAAUUGCUCCAUAAUCCAGAAGCUCGCACUGAGAACCAUGUGUCACUAGAUUCGGUAGUUCAAGUCACACCUAAAGGCGUGGCAAUUGUGUCGCAAGUAUGCAAACGCCUUGGUGUCAAGCGAGAUAAAAUGCCCUACGUUGUUUACUCGAAUUUUAACACCAUGAACUUGUUCCAAUAUGACCGCUCAGAGUCGAAUCGAUUACUAUAUUCCGAAUACGUCAUCAAUAUUCUAGUUACUAACAUGAUGGCCAAUGCUCCAAAUGUGUGGUCUCCUCUGCAAAAGCCCCCAAUAGUACAAAUUGUGUUUGAGCACGAAACGUGUGAUUUUUUUUCUCAUCCCACUUCUUCGAAUGAAGAUAUACUCCCGCCUACUAUUGACACACCAAAGGUAUUUGUGAGCCCAUUUCACCAUAAAUACUUUACAAACAUGGCGUCUGAUUCCCAUGUCCAAUACUACGAAUCCAAUACUGGCAUCCGCCUUUACAAAAACAGGACCUUAAAGACAGAGGAUAAAGAAAUCACAAUCAAUUAUUGUUUCUCGGGAAAAUCCGUGGUACAGUGGCUCAUGGAUUGUACGGCGUUAUUGUCCAUACCUGAAGCCAUGGAGAUUGGACGACUCAUGGUAAAGUAUGAACUUAUCAUUCCUGUUACAGACGACGAUUCUGGUGCAGAUUUCACAAACCACAGAGAUGCGCUAUAUACGCUAACUGAGAAUGGCAGACAGAUUUGUCGUUGGGAAAGUCUAUACGAAGCAUCAGACGUUGUUGGUUCUCAGUCCACUGAUGUUUCCUCACAAGAAGGGAACUUUUCAGGAGAAGGACGGUCAUCUACAGAGUCAACUGAAAGCUGCAAACAAGUGUCCUUAAAGCAAAUUUUAAGUGAUCCGGGAAUGAGAUGCUUGUUCAAGGUUCAUCUUGAGAAAGAAUGCAGUGGGGAAAAUGUUGAGGCGUAUAUUCAAUUGGUUGAUUUUGCCAAGCUGAAAAAGCGAACCUCACAGUUGUGGAAACUUCACAAUAAUUGCCAAAGCGAGGCUAAAAGAGCGCUUAUCAGCGAAGCCAUUGAGAAACAUACAGCUUCGUCCUACUCAAUGGCGUUCCAUCUCUAUUCGACGUAUCUCAGCCUGGAAUCUGAAUGCGAUGUAAACCUUGACUACAAUUUGCGUCAAGAUGUGCGCAAGGUUAUGCAAAUUCGAGGGGAUUGGGAUGUUCCAGAUAAUGUUUCCGAAUACUUGAAAACGCCGACAUAUGAAAAGAUAUUGGAUUGGGAGACCAAAGAUGAUCAAGGAAGAGAUGAGAAGACAAAACAGGGAGAGAAUAUCGCGGAGCAAGAAGCGAAACCACCUGGGGGUGUUUUAGAAGAAGAAACGGAUGGCAGCCCAGCUGAUCUCACCAUACGCCUCGAUGACAUCUACACAGUUUUUGCUAAAGUGGCACAUUCCAUUUACAAGCUCAUGGAAACGGACUCGUAUCCAAGGUUUAUUCGCAGUGAAGAAUACAUGUAUGCCCUCGGAAUCAAGACCCACAAGGCAUGA